GGUGGGCCUGUGGCUGUGAUUUGGGUGACAACGGUCAAUAAUGAGAGAAGCUGCGGCGAGGCGGCAGGUUCAGCAGUGCCGGGCGGGGGCGGCGCCCAGCUCGCGCCUGUAAGACCUCGGGGCGGCGCGGCGAGAUGGGGACCCGGCGCGGGGAGUGAAGUGGCGGCGGCAGUAGCGGCGAGCGGAACUUCAGCCAGAGGGGCUCUCGCGCUUCCCCCUCUGGCUCGUCGGCCUCCACCUGCAGGUCCACGGUCCCCGCGUCCCGCGGGACCAGGACGGCGACGGCGGGGGCAUGUGGCGCUGGGUCCGGCAGCAGCUGGGUUUUGACCCACCACAUCAAAGUGACACAAGAACUAUUUACAUAGCCAACAGGUUUCCUCAGAAUGGCCUUUACACACCUCAGAAAUUUAUAGAUAACCGGAUCAUUUCAUCCAAGUAUACUGUGUGGAAUUUUGUUCCAAAGAAUUUAUUUGAACAGUUCAGAAGAGUGGCAAACUUUUAUUUUCUUAUUAUAUUUUUGGUUCAGCUUAUGAUUGAUACACCUACCAGUCCAAUUACCAGUGGGCUUCCAUUAUUCUUUGUAAUAACAGUAACUGCCAUAAAACAGGGAUAUGAAGAUUGGUUACGACAUAACUCAGAUAAUGAAGUAAAUGGAGCUCCUGUUUAUGUUGUUCGAAGUGGUGGUCUUGUAAAGACUAGAUCAAAAAACAUUCGGGUGGGUGAUAUUGUUCGAAUAGCCAAAGAUGAAAUUUUCCCUGCAGAUUUGGUGCUUCUGUCCUCAGAUCGACUUGAUGGUUCUUGUCACAUUACAACUGCUAGUUUGGAUGGAGAAACUAACCUGAAGACACACGUGGCAGUCCCAGAGACAGCAGUAUUACAUACGGUCGCCAGUUUGGACACUCUUGUAGCUGUGGUAGAGUGUCAGCAACCAGAAGCCGACUUGUACAGAUUCAUGGGACGAAUGAUAAUAACUCAACAAAUGGAAGAAAUUGUAAGACCUCUGGGACCAGAGAGUCUCUUGCUUCGUGGAGCCAGAUUAAAAAACACAAAAGAGAUUUUUGGUGUUGCUGUAUACACUGGAAUGGAAACAAAGAUGGCAUUAAAUUAUAAGAGCAAGUCACAGAAACGAUCCGCAGUAGAAAAGUCAAUGAAUACAUUUUUGAUAAUUUAUCUAAUAAUCCUUAUUUCUGAAGCCAUCAUCAGUACUAUCUUGAAAUAUACAUGGCAAGCUGAAGAAAAAUGGGAUGAACCUUGGUAUAACCAAAAAACAGAACAUCAAAGAAAUAGUAGUAAGAUUCUGAGAUUUAUUUCAGACUUCCUUGCCUUUUUGGUACUCUACAAUUUCAUCAUUCCAAUUUCAUUAUACGUGACAGUAGAAAUGCAGAAAUUUCUUGGAUCAUUUUUUAUUGGUUGGGAUCUUGAUCUCUAUCAUGAAGAAUCAGAUCAGAAAGCUCAAGUCAAUACUUCAGAUCUGAAUGAAGAGCUUGGGCAGGUGGAGUAUGUGUUUACAGAUAAAACUGGCACACUGACAGAAAAUGAGAUGCAGUUUCGGGAAUGUUCAAUUAACGGCAUAAAAUACCAAGAAAUUAAUGGCAGACUUGUAUCCGAAGGACCAACACCAGACUCUGCAGAAGGAAGUUUGAGUUAUCUUAGUAGUUUUUCCCAUCUGAACAACUUGCCCCACAUUACAUCCAGUUCUUCCUUUAGAGCCAGUCCUGAAAGUGAAACUGAACUGAUUAAAGAACACGAUCUCUUCUUUAAAGCAGUUAGUCUCUGUCACACUGUACAAAUUAGUAAUGUUCAAACUGAUGGCAUUGGUGAUGGUCCCUGGCAGUCCAACCUUGCACCCUCCCAGCUGGAAUACUAUGCAUCUUCACCAGAUGAAAAGGCUCUAGUGGAAGCUGCUGCAAGAAUGGGCAUUGUAUUUAUUGGCAGUUCUGAAGAAACUAUGGAAGUUAAAACACUUGGAAAACUGGAACGGUACAAACUGCUUCAUAUUCUGGAAUUUGAUUCAGAUCGUAGGAGAAUGAGUGUAAUUGUGCAGGCACCUUCAGGUGAGAAGUUUUUAUUUGCUAAAGGAGCUGAAUCAUCAAUUCUCCCUAACUGUAUAGGUGGAGAAGUAGAAAAAACCAGAAUUCAUGUAGAUGAAUUUGCUUUGAAAGGGCUAAGAACUCUGUGCAUGGCCUAUAGACAGUUGACAUCUAAAGAGUAUGAGGUAAUGGACAGGCGCCUGUUUGAAGCCAGGACUGCCUUGCAGCAACGGGAAGAGAAGUUGGCAAAUGUCUUCCAGUUCAUAGAGAAAGACCUGAUAUUACUUGGAGCUACAGCAGUAGAAGACAGACUACAAGAUAAAGUUCGAGAAACUAUUGAAGCAUUGAGAAUGGCUGGUAUCAAAGUUUGGGUACUUACUGGAGAUAAACAUGAAACAGCUGUUAGUGUGAGUUUAUCAUGUGGACAUUUCCACAGAACCAUGAAUAUCCUUGAACUUAUAAACCAGAAAUCAGACAGCGAAUGUGCUGAACAGUUGAGACAGCUUGCCAGAAGAAUUACUGAGGAUCAUGUGAUUCAGCAUGGGCUGGUGGUGGAUGGGACCAGUCUAUCUCUUGCACUCAGGGAGCAUGAAAAACUAUUUAUGGAUGUUUGCAGAAAUUGUUCAGCUGUAUUGUGUUGUCGUAUGGCACCACUGCAGAAAGCCAAGGUAAUAAGACUGAUAAAAAUCUCACCUGAGAAACCUAUAACAUUGGCUGUUGGUGAUGGUGCUAAUGAUGUAAGCAUGAUACAAGAAGCUCAUGUUGGCAUAGGAAUCAUGGGUAAAGAAGGAAGACAAGCUGCAAGAAACAGUGACUAUGCAAUAGCUAGAUUUAAAUUUCUCUCCAAAUUGCUUUUUGUUCAUGGUCAUUUUUAUUAUAUUAGAAUAGCUACCCUUGUACAGUAUUUUUUUUAUAAGAAUGUAUGCUUUAUCACACCCCAAUUUUUAUAUCAGUUCUACUGUUUGUUUUCUCAACAAACAUUGUAUGACAGCGUGUACCUGACUUUAUACAACAUUUGUUUUACUUCCCUACCUAUUCUGAUAUAUAGUCUACUGGAACAGCAUAUAGACCCUCAUGUAUUACAGAACAAGCCCACCCUCUAUCGAGACAUUAGUAAAAACCGUCAACUAAGCAUUAAAACUUUUCUUUAUUGGACCAUCCUGGGUUUCAGUCAUGCCUUUAUUUUCUUUUUUGGAUCCUAUUUUCUAAUGGGGAAUGAUAUAUCUCUGCUUGGAAAUGGCCAGAUGUUUGGAAACUGGACAUUUGGCACGUUGGUCUUCACGGUCAUGGUUAUUACAGUUACAGUAAAGAUGGCUUUGGAGACUCAUUUUUGGACCUGGAUCAACCAUUUUGUUACCUGGGGAUCUAUCAUAUUCUAUUUUGUAUUUUCUUUGUUUUACGGAGGGAUUCUCUGGCCAUUUUCGGGCUCCCAGAAUAUGUACUUUGUGUUUUUUCAGCUCCUAUCAAGUGGUUCUGUUUGGUUUGCCAUAAUCCUCAUGGUUGUAACAUGUCUGUUUCUUGAUAUUGUGAAGAAAGUAUUUGACAGACAGCUCCAUCCUACAAAUACUGAAAAGGCUCAGAUGUACUCCAACACAGUUGCUUUAAGUGACGAGUUCAUCGCACUGCAGCCAUUGUCGAGGGCAAGGAAUCAGCUGAGCAAACUUAGCUUACUGAAACAAAUUCAAGUAUCAAGUGCUUGGACUCCAUGUGCUGUUUCUCAGAAGGAGAGACAGCAUGCGCAUCUGUUGGAAGAAUGCUGGAACGAGUAAUAGGAAGAUGUAGUCCAACCCAUGUCAGCAGGUGUGAAAUCUCUCUAAGUAGCCUUUGCUGCAGAUGAUGAGUGUCCUAUAAACUGGAACAGACGAACAUGCAUCUCUAGAUACCUAAUAAAUCAGCAGCUGGUUUUACCAACUGAAGCAGGAUGUAUGCUGUGUAUUAGCACUCUUUGAUGAUAGAUUUCACUUUGUGGCUUUGGGUGAGGGUUUCUUUCACUAACAAAGGAAAGAAAGCACCUUUAAAGAGACUUGUCAUCUAAUGAACAAAAAUAUUUUCUUCAAAAUCAUUCUAAAAUGUGGUGAAUAGGAGUAUGUAUAUGGUACUCUUACUUGGUUUUUAUAUAACUUUUAUACCUAUACUACUACUGUUUUAUUUUCUAUAUAUUUUUGGUUUUUUGUAUUUACAAAAUAAUCUACACAUAAUAGUAAAAUCAAAGGAUUUUGCUUUUCUUCCUCUCCAUCUGUAUUUUCUAGUCAGUCAUUUGAGACUUUGAAGUAUUUCUAAACACAAAAAGCUGCUCUCCUACCCUUUUUAUCUCUGUAAUGAGGUUUUAAAAUGAGUUGUGUUUUUUACGUUUUUACUAGGUAUUUAUGGUCUUAUUAAAAAUUGAUAAGCUGGAACAGGCUCUUUAAAUAUGAUUUGUUAGAAUCUUUGCAUUUUUGUCCCUUCUCAAAUCUAUUUGUUGAAAGAUUUACCAGAGCUUGCUUUUGUGGUUCUUAACAAACAAUACAAUUUUGGGGUAUAUUCCACUUUAAUUUCUUCAUAUAUUUCCCCAUUAUUUAGGGGAUGUUAUUAUUAUUUAGGAGAUAUUAAGGAGUAGAAAUACCUUCACACUUUGAUGUUCUUUAGGUAAAUGAUAUAUUCUUAACAACCAGAGCAGCAGUGUACUGGCCCUGGCAUGCAGGGUCACAGAUGCAGGGUAGACAGUGAUUUCCAUUGUCCGCGGCUACUGUGGAAACAGUACCACUUUCUGUGUGUGCCGUGCCUUGGAGCAGGCUGGAAAGUGCACUGUGAGCAGGAAAUAAAGGGUGGAGGAAAAAGUACUCUAGUGUUUGGUUAGCUUUGUGUUUUAAAGAUGUUGAGUGUGAUAUCACUCACGUAUGAUAAAAUUCAGAUAACUUUUACUGGCGAACUUGUUAGUUCCCACUUUGCCUUGAGUUAUGGCCAUGUCUUUAUGGUAUAGUUGCCUUUGUAAAUAGCAUUUUUAUGUUAAUAUAACGUCUGUGGUUUUAGUCCCAUUUAUUGAUCAUAACGUAAUCAGGAAUAUCUUUGUAAUGUUGUAAUACCAUUUUGUAGUAAUUUUAUUCCACAUAAAAGAAUUACUAUGGGUAGUUAAAUUUAUUGGGACUUAUAUAUUAUGACUUACACAAUUAUAUUAUAAAAUGCAUUAUGAGAAAGCAGCUCUGUCGUGUACCAGGCCAACAAGUUUUUUAAAAGAAGUUCCAGAAGGCCCUGAUUUAACCAUGAUAGCUGCAUUGCACAGAACUAAGGUGGGAGUUAGAAUUUUAAAAGUAUUGUAGAAAUUCACAGAAUUUUUAAAAUUUCUACUUCAACAGGAAGUUCUCUUUAGUGACAGUAUACAUCUUCUCUGUUACACACAACUAGAAUUUAUUUUAAAUGACCAGAAAGUAUUUUCUGCUUUCUGUACACUCCUGUUUUCUUGGUGUCGGUGGGUCAGGUGGUAUGUCUCCACUAGUGGAACAUAGCCAUGCCUUCACUGCGUCACCCCUCGUGCCCCUGCCCCGAACGUCAUGGGGUUUAUUCCAGCCUGUCUUCUCACAGGUGCCCAUUGUCAUCUGUACUCAUUUUCACUUAGAGUUAUACCACAUUUUCUGUAGGACUUCAUUUUUUACUUUCCUAAUAAAAUCUUUAGCCAAUUAAUAUCUUAUUUGACAGACUAUAAAUAUCUUUCCAAUUUAGGUCUAACAUCUAAGGUUAUAAUUAUCAGUUACUACUUUCAUUAUCUUUUUUCUUCAAAUGAAUAAUCUAAAAAGUACUUUGAGAUCUGCUCAUUUUUUUCUAGUGAAUAAAAUCAUCCAGUAUGCAAAACCACUUGGUGCUUUUCAAAGGGUGAUAUGAAAAUUGCCAUAGAUCCAUUAACAUCAUAUUUAAACUCUGAAGUUACUUCGAUAUGUAGAGUUUUGUUUGUGGUUUUUGUAUGUAAUUAUAUUCAUGAAAUACAUUUGGCAUUCCUGUGGGGUUUGGGCGCAGCCUGUAUGUAUGCUCCAUUUCUCUUCCAACAAGGCAGGGCGUGGCUGGCCCCUCUGCUACCAGAUGUAGAAGCCCCUGGCCUGUUCCAUUAACAUGUUAAACAUAAGAGAGCAUCACUAGUGCUUUCAUAUGAUAGAUUUCUCUGCUGAUUAAACUUUUACUGUCCAGGCAUAAAAAUUGUACUUACAUUUUAUUAAUUGGUAUUGUCAAAGGAAUAUGCCAUAUUGCAAGCUUGGUUUCAAAGGUAGCAUCGUGGUGCUAUAUCAAGGACAUACCAGGUUGUACCCUAAAGGGCUGUACUUUAGCAAUAAAUGAUUUCCCGUGUUUAUCAACAGCUACUUUAUCCGAAUCAAAACCAUUUUCUAAAUAGGAAAGAGUUAAUAGUUGAUAUGUAAUUCAGGUAUUUAAUGUCCUGUCAAAUACGAUACUGAACAUGUGAAAGCACGUGUGUGCUUUGAAAAGAUAAAGAAUGAAGGGAGCCUUGCCUAAGGAGAUUUUUCUGUGUAAGCAGUGGUUGGAGAGAGAACAAUUUGUGUAAUGUGGGCAGCUUGGGAGUGGAAACUUCACUCCAGAUCAUUGGGGUGUUCGUACUUCCAUUUUAUCAUACAUGUCUGAAUAGACUUUUUUUGCACAGAUACUUACUCUAAGCAAUGUUCAUAGUUCCAUUUUAUUCAUAUAUUUUACAAAUACUGAGUGCCUAUUAUGUACCAAGUGUAGUUCUAAGUGCUAGAGAGAUGGUAGUGAAGCCCUUCCUUAAACUAAGGUGGAUAUUGUUUAAGGUUUCCUGGAAGCUAGUAAAUUCUGUUCACCAUUGGUAUGGUUGUUGCUUGUUAGUUUUCCUCUGCCAACUUUGUAAAAUGUCUAGGUCCAAACCUCAUUAUGACUGCUCACUUAAUCAAUUUAAAUAUGAACUAUAUACAGAGUCUCUUAGAAAACCGCAGAUGUUUGAUAGAAGUGAACUUGGACCAUUUUAAGUGCUAGUGUCUAAUAACAUCUUUGUUUAAGGAAAGUGGGAACCCUAGAAAUCUACAUAAAAUACAGUUACUGUUAAGUUCUUUUA